AAUCGAGGCUUCUGGGGCGUCUCAGGGGCUGGGGUGGGGUCGUGACAAGGGUCGUGUAAUUGGACGGGGUCCGUGCUAGGCGGUCAGGGUCCUUGUUGCCAGAUGGCUAGGGUUCGGUCGCCCGGCCCAGGGUCACGGUGCUGGGGCCCUGAGUGUGUUCUCUAGCGCUGGAGGAUGACCAGGUUCAUGCUGAGGCUGGAUUUGUCGCACGGGUCCAGAUAAGGAUCAUUCAUUAAGUCACCGAGUAGUUAUUGAGCACCUGUGUGUCCAUGCUCAGCCGUGUCCACGCCUUUGGGACUCCUCUGUCCAUAGGAUUCUCCAGGCGAGAAUACUGGAGUCGGUAGCCAUCUCCUACUCCCAGGAUCUACUGGACCCGAGGAUGGGACCCGCGUCUCUUGCGUCACCUGCACUGACAGGUGGAUUCUUUACCACUGCGCCACCUGGGAAGCCACUCGUCUCCAAGCACUGUUCUAGGUGCUUGAGAGACAGCAGAGAGCAAAGUGGGCAGACCCCGCCUGGAGGGUCUUCCCUUCUAAUUGGGGCGGGGAGGGACCAGGAGGUGUAAGCGUUAAGUAUACUAAACAGGCAGCAGUGUGCCCAUGGGACUUCCCAGGUGGCACUGGUGGUAAAGAACCUGCUUGCCAAUACAGGUAAGAGACUCGGGUUCAACCCCUGGGCCUGGAAGAUCCCUUGGAGAAGGGCAUGGCAACCCACUCCAGCAUUCUUGCCUGGAGAAUCCCAUGGAGCGAGGAGCCUUUUGGGCUACAGUCCAUGGGGUUACAGUCAGACACGACUGAAGCGACUUAGCACUGGAGCACUAGCGUGUGCUUAUAAAUGUUGAACAGCUAGCACUUUUAGGGCAAAAAGCCCUGCUCUGUGGCACAUACUAAUUCUGGGAUGUAAAUACUCCCUUCAUGGGUGAUUUCAAGCUGCCAUCAUGACAUCAGCUUGCAAAUAAAACUUCUGCAAAUUUAAGCCAGCUCUCACAAGCCCCAGCCCAGCACUGCACUGGGGGUCAAUGCUGUACUAUAUUAGUGGGUGAUAAACACAGUGGGAAGGGCUUCCCAGCUGGCUCAGCAGAAAAGAAUCCUCCUGCCAGUGCAGGAGCUGCAGGAGACCUGGGUUCGAUCCUUGGGUGGGGAAGCCUGGAGGAGGAGAUGGCAAUCCACUCCAGUAUUCUUGCUGGGAUAAUCCUAUGGACAGAGGAGCCUGACGGGCUAUGUCCAUGGAGACUGGGACACAUUUGAGUGACUGAGCACACGCACAAAGGCAGUGAGAAAAAGGGGAAUUGGCAGUGUGGAGGUCGGGCAUGUAUAGGGUGACACUGGGUGGCCACAUGGGAAGGUCUGAGCAAAGACUUGGGGGAAGGGAUGAGAAUUAGGAAGCAUCUGUGUGGGAAGGGGUGUUCCAGGUAGAAGAUACAGUAUAUGCAAAGGCCUUGCAGCUGGAGCUGCCUGGCGAGCUCCCGGAAAGCAAGGAGGCCAGAGGGGCAUCCCUAGGGAUGGGGAAGGCCAUCGAGGGGAGAUAGGACCUGGUUGUGGUCAGGUCAGACUUGGUGGGCCUCAGGAAAGCCUCGUAGACCCUCUCAGCCCCCCAGUUUGAGGCCUUCUUUCCCAGGAACCUUUUGUCUUCAUCUUCAUAACGGGGACUAGGCAGGCGUGCAGCUGAGGACCCAGAGGAACAGGAGAGCUACUCCCACCCCGCCUCGCGGGGGUCCCUGUUGGUCUGAGUGGGGAGCUGGCUCUUUCCUGAAUGGAGGCAUGAGGGGAGCUGGAAGGUUUGCUGGGUCCUUCUGGAAUGGAGGCAGGAGGCGAGCUGGCAGGUUCGCUGGGUCCUUGUCCAUCUGAGAAGAACAAGGCUUCCUUGUUAGCAUCCCCGCCUUCCUGGAACAAAGGGGCAGGCAGCCACCAAGGCACGUGAGCCUGAGUCAGGCCCUGCCGAGGGACAAUUGUGAGCACCCUGGGGAGGUGGGAGGUGAGAGAUCGCAGGCCAGAGGGCAGAGGGAGAGUUGACACUGCGUGGGGCAGCGUCCUGAGAAUACCUGCCCCCUGGCCCGCUCCACCCACUGUGCCAGGGACAGAACAGCAGGCUGGCCUAUAAUCCAGCUUCUCACUUUCAGCACCCAGACAGCUUUAGAGAUGGUGGGGGACCUCAGCUCAACUGUGUCAAUAGCCCCCACCCCUUUCUUCUGUGGGUGUCUGUGCACCGGGUCUGGGCCAGCGAUGUGCUGACCCCAGGACAGGACACGCACACCUUUGCCUCAUCUGUGUGUGUGUGUGUGUGUGUGUGUGUGUGUGUGUGAGAGAGAGACAGGAAGGAGUGGGGAGAAAGGACAGUAAACUGCUGAAGAAAGCAGCUGGUCUGAGCUCAGGUCCUUCAGAGAUUCCACUCUUGACACCUCUCUCCUAAUGCUGUCCGCUCCUCUCCUCUGCUCCGGUCUCCAGGGCUCCCACCUCCUCAGGUUCACAGCCAAGGUAUACCUGCACCCACAGAACCCACAGAUGACCAGCAGCCCACCCCGUACAGCUGGUCCACCUUGUGUCCAUGUGCAUCUCCUGCUGGAGUCCCAAGCCCCCAACCCCAAGACUGAACUGAUGAUCAUCUAAAGCCUGCCCUGGGACUCCCCAGUGGUCCAGUGGUUAAAACUCGCUGCUUCCACUGCAGGGGGCAGUGGGUUCAAUCCCUAGUUGGGGAACUAACUGACCAAAACGUAAUGCCCCAUAAAUAUUUAUACAAAAUAGAAUAAAAUAUGUAAAGCCUGCCCUUCCCACCUCUGCUUCCUCCCAGGUACCCGCAUCUCCAUCCUUUGAGGUGAGCCAACCAAAGCUCUGGGGCCCUGUAGCUGCUUCCCUCAGUCAAAUCCACUUGCAGACCUUGUUGUUUCCAGUUUUAAAGCAGACCCAGAACCCCUGCUUCUCGCCCACUCUUCCAUACCUGCUCAGCUGGCCCCACCAUCCCCCAACCCCAAUUCCCCCUCUCAUCUUCACUCCUCACCUUCUCCCCCACCAUCGCCCCAUCAUCUCUCUGUCAUCCAUCACCCCUCCCCCACCCCUCCAAGGCACCCCCAUCCCCACCCCUUAGUCCCUUCUCCCAGGGUCCCAGUGCUGCCCACGGCGUGUUCUCCCCGAAACCGCCAGAGGGCGCUUGUGAGCAGAGAGCGGGAUGCGACCCUGCUCAGCCCCUUCUGCGCCCCGGGUCCUCACCUCCUGCCCCAACCCCUCGCUCAUCCUCCCAGCGGCCCCUCCCACCCGCCAGGCGCAGGGCUGCCCCAGGGCCUUUGCACAGGUGGUGCUCCCGUCAGGUGCCGCCAGGUGCGCCCUCUCACCAGGUCUCCCUGCUCUCUCCCCACCUCCUUCUGGUCUCUGCUCCGGUGACUUCCCCACUGAGGCCUCCCAGGCUGCACACCCACAGCUCUGGCCCCUUCUGACCACCCCCCUCCCCCGCGUUCUUCUUCUACUUGCCUGCCUGUCUAAGUGGAAAGGAGAGGUGGGGAGGUUGUGGGUUUCCUUCACCCCUGUUUCCCCGGUGCCGGAGACUGUCAGGCCCACAGCUCUGUCCUGGUGGAAUUAGUAGCUGUGAUGAGGGCUGUAAUCAGAGGAGCACUGGCUGUAUUUAGGCCUCAGCUCAGCCGGGCAGCCUCAGUGGAUUCUGCCCGCACCGGGGCCGGAGCCCCGCUCUCACGCCCAGAUGGGCUUCCGUUUUCAAAUUCUCUGGCUUGCCCUCUGCUGCCCAUGUCAGUUUGGAUUAAAAUGCGGCUUGUGCCCCUGUAGACUUUGAGUUGUUCACAUCUCAGCCCGCUUGCUGGAGUGAAGAUUUCUGGGCUAAAGAGAGAGAAGUGGGCCAGCAGUGGUGGCCAGGUGGGCUGUGGGGAUGAGCUCGAGUGGGGUGGGGCCUGGGCCUGGGGGUCCCCCGAACACCCUGCACAGGCUCAGGCUGCCUGUUUUUCCUAUUCACUGCCCCCCACCCCGCAACUCUGUUAGCUCUUGGCUUCUCACAGUCAGAAAGGGGAAUGGAGCCCUGGAUGGAUUCUGAAUGUAGGGUCUCAUCCCUACAUUCAGAAGGGCUGGGUCACCAAGAGGAAAUGGAGGUGGUGGGAGCCAAGUCCAGUGUCUUCAGCUGUCUUCACUCAAGGGCUGACCAAGGUAGCCUGGGCUGGGGGCCUAGAAAUGGGGAGGGCUGGGUCCUUCCACCCCCUGUCCUGGGCCCCAGGGCUGGCCAAUUCCUGGGCUCCUGCACAUCUAGCCAGUGUGGGUCCCUGAGAGGCGCCAAUGGGCAGGAGGAGAGGGAGGUGGGUAUUCAUCCCCCAUCUCCCACUUCUGUCCAUGACUCUGCUGAGGAGCACAUGGCUCAUUGAGUGUCGGGGCCACCGGUGCCUGAGGAUGGAGCUGGCUGUGGGCUGAUGGGCAGAAGCGUGCGUCCUGGGGAGGGGAGCAGGUGAAGGCCCUGAGGUUCCCAUCCAAGGGGCAGGAAGCCGGCUGGUGUGGCCACAGGGUCGUGGAUGAGGGCUGAGGGCUAGGAGUCCAGGGCAGAGGGGAGCAGGGAUGAGACAGGGAGGGCUUGGGUUUUAUCCUUAGGAUGAGGGAAAUCCAGAGAUUUCAGCACACCCAGAAAACUGAGCAGGAAUUAGAACCUGGGAGAAGCCCUUGUGCCAAGCUUUGCUCUAAAGCCUGAGUCAGUGUUCCAUGCAAUCCCUACACUCCCUCCCCCCCACACUGCCGCCCCCUUCCCCCGACUCACCCUCCCUUCCUCCCCACUCUGUCUUCCCUCCUGUGACCAGAGGAGGUCAGAAUCCACACCUCUCAUGCGAUGCUAGGAUAAUUAAACACUGCGAUGCUGGCCCAGGAUACCUGAGUCCCAAGCUAGCAACCUAGUGACUGGGACAGGGUAAAUGCCUCUGGCUUCGCACAGACUUCCCCCAGAGCCUGCAAGUCUGCAGUGCUGCCGGCCUGCUGUCCUGAUGUCAUUGAUUCACCGCACUGGUUUCUUGUUGAUCCUUUUAAAGAAUCAGCUUUUUGGUGGUGGUGGUGGGGCUUCGUUAAUUCUUUCUACAGUUUUCUGUUUGAUGCAUUUCUACUUCGUUUUUAAAAUCUCCCUCCGUCUACCCACUUGUACUCUUACAUUUUUCUAGUUUUUAAAGGUGAAACCUUAGGUCGUUGAUUUUAAGAUCUUCCUUUCUAUAUUUUUAUUUAUUUACUUGUCUGCACUGGGUCUUAGUUGCGGCAUGUGGAACCUAGUUUCCCGACCAGGGGUCAAACCGGGGCCCCCUGCAGUAGGAGUCGGGAGGCUUAGCCACUGGACCACCAGGAAGUCCCAAGAUCUUUUCUAACAUAGCAUUUGACUUGUUUUAUGACCUUUGACACAGACUAUAACAUUUUGAAUAAAAAGGUUCAAAAAUUAUAGAAUGCCUAAAAAUCAUAUGGUAUGCGAAUGGUCACUCAGAACACCUGUUAACAUGUUGCACUGCAAAAGGGUGUGACCACACAGCAGCAAACAAGGAUGCUCUGAAGACAAGGAAUGUGAACUCUGCUUGGCCAGGCUUAUCUGAGCCCGGUCUCAGAGCCCGACAUGGGUUGGGGUAGGGGGAGCCUUCCUGUGUCAGGGACAGUGACGCUCUGUGUCUCUGGCUUCUGGGAGGAGGGGGCUUCCUAGACGACCACAGCCAACCCUUGGCCCACGUGGCUCCUGUCCCGGACUCAGCUCGGCCCCCUCCUAUCCUGAAAUGCAGUGACCACUCAUCCCGCCCUGCUCUUUGUUUGCAGAACAUGUAACACCUUUUAAGGUAUGAAGUGCUCCUUUAUACAUUUACUGCUUAUUUCCUCUUGCCCCCUGACCCAGCCCAAGCAGGAACUUAGUACAGAGUCGGUGUUCAGUGAGAACUUCCUAGAUGAGGGAAGGAGGGGAGGAAGGAAUGCUUCUUGGCCCAGAGUGGCAAUCUUGGACCGUGCCUCGGCCUCCCCAGCUGUAGAAACAGGGUCACACUGCCCAUGAUCUCGCCCGUCCCUCCUGCCACCAGGCUGUGGAUGUCCUGUUUGUGGCUCCAGCUCCCGGGAGCCCGCUCUGGCCUGGGCUGCCCAGCUCGGCUGGCUCCCGGGGGACCGGCUCUGCUGACAUUGGACUCUUUCCUGGACUGUCCAGCCGCCUGGCUGACACUCGAUCCUGGCCCCACUUCCAGGCCAGUGACCGCCGGCCAGCCUGAUCAGGCCAGGGCCCCAGACUCCCUGCCGUGGGACAAGGGGCCGUCUGUGCCGUUCCGGAUGGUGUGGUUGGCCGGGGCUCUGCCAACCCUGCAGGAGCUGCCAGCAUCAAGGACAGUGCCGGCACCUGUGGCCCAGAGCUGCGCGGCCAAGGAGCAGACACCAGGAGCCAGGGGCAUCCGCCCACCAUGGGGACCCUCACCUGCGACCCGGCUCCACAGCUGACCCCGGCGCCUCUGGGCCGGCGGACCACUGACUGUCAGAUCCCGGAGACCAGCCUGAGGAGGACCUGCGGGGUGGCCACCUUGGAGCAUGGCUCUGGGCCAGGCUUGUAUGCCCUGCCUUCCACCGUUGGCUACAUCAACCACGACUGCACCAGGGUAGCCGGUCCUGCCUACUCACUCUUCCGGAGGCCCAUUGAGGCACCUCCCCAGGAGACCAGCCCUGGGCCAGUCUACUUCCUGGACUCGAAAGUCACCCGCUUCGGCCGCAGCUGCACCCCUGCCUACUCCAUGCAGGGCCGGGGCAAGUCUCCUGGUCUGGAGGUGACACCCGGCCCUGGGGCUUACAGCCCAGAGAAGGUGGCCCCCAUGCGCCAGCGGACGCCUCCAGCUUUCACCCUGGGCUCCCGCCUCUGCCCACGGCCCCUGAACACCUCAGCCCCUGCCCCCAACACCUACACCCUGCCCUCCCUCUGGGGCUCGCAGGUCUUCACCAAGCCCAGCAGCCCCAGCUACACUGUGGCUGGCCGCACGCCCCCCGCCCGCCCCCCGCAGGACCCCGCGGAGAUACCUGGCCCUGGCCAGUAUGACAGCCCGGACCCCAAUGCCUACCGUCAGCGCCGGCCGGCCUUCACCAUGCUGGGGCGGCCCCGAGCCCCACGGCCCCCAGAUGAGACACCCGGCCCUGGCAGCCACAGCCCCGAGCAGGUCACUGUGACCAAGGCCAGGGCCCCGGCAUUCACCAUGGGCAUCCGCCACUCCAAGCGGGCUACCACCAUGGCCACAGACACUGCACCCUGACACCCUCGUGACAGGUGACAGGAUGCCUGGCCCACUCCUGGGUUGAGCCUCAGUCUCCAGUGCUGUGAAGUGGCAGGGUAGGCAGGCGGUUUGGGGGGCGGAGCCUAGGAGAAGCCAGGGUGAGGGGAAGGCACCUCCUUCCUUCCUGUCUUCUGAAAGGUCCAAGGUCCUUCUAGGCCACUGCUUUCUCCAGUCCCAGGGCCUGUGAUCCCAUGGUCCCCACAGGGUGAGUCUCCUUCCAGCGUCCCACUUUCUUCUGUCCAGGUCACACCGGGCCAGGCCAGGCCAGGUGGAAAAAGGGACACUCUGGCCUUCCCCAGCCCUGGCCAGAGACACGGCUUCCUGUGUCCUGCAACUCAGUGUCCGCCCGCAAGGACCUGGGUCCCCAGCAUGGCUCGGGUUUCUGUCUCACUUGGGCUCAUCCCUGCUACUCGUGGAAGGGCUGUUUGGGCCCAGAUCCUGCUGGAGGCAGCCCUGCCGCCCUCCCUACCUGCCCCACCCUCUAGCUGCCUGCCAAUAAAAUUCUGGGGCACCGGCAGCCGUCA